AUUACUACGUUUGCUAUUAAGUUUACGACAGGAAUAAUCCAAGUCUGAGGACAAAAACAUCCAAAAAGCUGACAACCUUGAACGCUCCCUUACUCGCUCGUGUUAAAUGGGAUACGAUGAUUGUAGCGUUCAGUAGAAAAUUCUGUUUGGAUGGAUCCGGUUCUCGUGACUUUGGCAACCACCAAGGUUCUCUGAGCUACCGUUGGAGUUGUAGCAUUGACGGACAGAUAGGUUGUUAUGAAAGUGGCAGCGGUGGGUCCAGAUUAGAGGAUGUUCUUAAAAAUGAAGUGUUUUCACCUGUAAUGUGUGUGCCUGGAGGAUUACUACCUCCUGCACGCUAUACCUUUACCUUGUUGGUCUUCAAGGGAGGUAGACAAGAUAUGGUGUCUGUGAUGGUCAGUAUUUUUCCAGAUGACAAGAUUCGAACACCAGUUACAAAAGGUAAAUUCAGAAAAGAAAUUAAUCCCCUUGAGCUACAAAAAAUACGACUGGAAACCAGCGACUUAACUUCUUUUCUCUAUAUCAUUUUAGUGAAACGUUUAAAGUCGUGUUAUACAUAUAUUCCAUCUUAUUUUCUCAAAACUGAUGACAUAAUCGAAGUAUCUUUAUGGUUGCCUCCUCGGUGUUUAGUACCUGACUCGCUCUAUGUGUAUGGUUUCAUCACGUUCACAAAUGUACACACCGAGAUCACCACGCGUAAAGUGCCUCGUCCGGGUCUUUUACAUGUUACACCAACCAGUGGGGUUGCACUUUUCACCAAGUUCACCCUCGACGCUACCAGAGGCUGGGCUGCAGAAGAAUCUCUCUAUCCACUAUCUUACUAUUUUAGCUAUGCAUUUCCCGAAUCGCCAGAUAUCUCGUGGCCACUAGGAGCAAUUAGUCACGAUAUCCCAGCUCUGAACGAUGUCAGACUACCGUGCGGUUCUUCCUGUAGAGCCAUGGCGUUACUUGGAUCAUUUAUUAAAAGUUUAUGGGUUACCAACUCUUUCUCUGUAGCCUUCGAGACAGAACUCGGGAAGUUGGUAGACGUUGUUGUCAUUGGAGCUGCUCAACGAUUCAGACAAACUCAGCCCUAUAGCACUGAUGAAGUCGAUGAUCAGGGUGCACCUGUUCCAUCAUCAAUGAUCAAAAUGGUUGAAAUGGUGUUGUCUAUUGAAAAGCUACAUUUUGAAGUAAACAGAAAAAGUACAGAAAGAGAGAAAACAAACGGACACCUCCGGAGGAUGGAAGUGUUACUGACUACCACGUGCAAGCGUAGAUCCCAAAUCCCUAUGACAGUCACGCUUCCUUAUAUGGACAUUGGCAUUGUUUCAGUUAACCUGGUGUCCAGAUACUACAUAUAUGACAUUAACUCAAAACCAAUAGAGCAAUUGAGACUUCCUGUACAUCCACUACUGACACUGGAGGAUACCAGAUGUUGGCAGCAGUGUGUUUCAUACAUCAAGUACUCUAUUAACUUCGUGAGGAAACAUAUGCAGUGGCUCAUGCCCCUGGACAAGAUUCUGCUGUCUCCUGUGGUCUUUUCUAACAUCAAGUCUUGUUCCCUGAAUUCUGAACAGAGGUUAGCUAGCACAAGACUGAAGUUUCCAUUAACUCCUGAACAGUCUAGAAACUACACGAGGUGUUAUUCCUGGAUAGAACAUGCAGUAAACCUGAAACCAUGUGAAACCAAAUUUGUGCAGGAAACAAUAAUUUGCGUCUGUGAUACCUUAGCGAAUUCAUACAUGGGACUAUUCGAGGAUGACGAACACUUGAAUAAUGGAAACGUUCAAAGUAUUACAGAUAUUUCAGGUGUUGUUGCUACUGAGGUGACCUGUGUAAUACAUCCUGCAAUAGACUUUGGUUCGGAAGUUCACGAGAUGUUCGAAGCUUCGUUACGUCAUCAAAUAGCUCGAGCUCUUGAGAUUAACGUCACGAGAAUACUAGGCCUAGAUCUGCUACCGAGUAUGAUAACAUUUCUUAAUGAUUUAAAACAUGUUUAUAUAUCAGAUUGACUUAAAACAACAUUAACAUCAGAGACGUCGCUUGGCCAGUGCCCCGAAUCCCCAGCUGGUGUCUUGAAAAAUCAGAAUAGAAAACCAUGAUUAAUAUCACACUGAAAGUGAAACGGCGAAAAUUUCGAAUCUUUUAAGCACCUAGCGAUGCUCCCGAGUAACAUUGUGUUUUUAUACAGCUCUUAUUGUUUCUUUAAACGAAAAUAUUCAUAUCGAUUCUAAAACGAAAUUUAAAGAAAAUCUUCGUAGUAAAAAUAUUACUUAAAUAUCUUAAUUUCUGUCGCAAAUGUAAAUUUAUUUUUAAUCUUGUAUACCGUAUACUUACUAAACAUAGAGCAUUAAGGAUCGGUAAGUUUAGUAGAAUACUUUAAUUAAUCAUGUAUACUGUAUACUUAUUAAACAUAGAGCAUUAAGGAUCGGUAAGUUUAGUAGAAUAUGUAUACUUACUAAACAUAGAGCAUUAAGGAUCGGUAAGUUUAGUAGAAUACUUUGAUUAAUCA